AUCAGAUACUCAGACGUCCCUCAUCUCUCCCUCCUUAUCUCUCCUAGACUUCAUUUUCAAACGGAGGAGGUGACCAAGGAGUUGAGAACCCAAGCCAACUCCUGCUGCAAUCUGCAGUGGGCUCUCUUGUUUGAUUCAUAACUCGAGGAGCCAAAGAUUCCAUGACUUCAAUGCUGCCUUGUUUUUUUCCAUGACGAUUUGUCUUUUGCAUCCUUGAUUUUCUGAUCUCCUUCCUCGUCCUUGCUCUGCAAUUUAUCAAUCUUGAAAAAAAAACCUUGGAAAAGGUUUCAUCUUGCAGCUAGGAUUUUAGUUCUCCAAAGUUUUUUCUAAUUGAAUUUUGUUAGGACCACCGGAGUUUGAGCUCCCAUGGUGGAAAGAGAAAUGGGUGGUGAUUUUCUUUUGAAGCCGAGGAGAAGAAAGGAGGAGAAGGAGAAAGAUAAAAUGCCCACUGUUUGGCUUUCUCUCAAGAGAUCCCUACACUGCAAAUCUGAGCCGAGUGAAGUUCAUGAACCAAAAGCUAGAGGUCAUAUUGGCUCCAUUCUCAACAGAAAACCUUGCAGGUCUGGCUGUUCUAGAUCAAUAGCCAACCUCAAGGAUGUCAUCCAUGGGAGUAAGAGGCACAUGGAAAGGCCUCCAAGUUGCAGUCCAAGGUCCAUAGGAAGUAGUGAGUUCCUCAACCCAAUAACCCACGAGGUUAUUCUGAGCAACUCCAAAUGUGAACUGAGGAUUACUGGUUUCAAUGGCUUCCAUGAUGGAGAUGCUGGGGGGCUAGGUUCUAACUUUGUGGGUACUCUGAAACCAGGGACUCCAGGGCCCGGGGGACAUUUGGGUGCCCGCUGCAACUCUUCUUCCUUUAAAGGGGUAGGAAGUCUUACUCCACCAAAAAGAUCACCAGCUGGUUUGCUUGGUGAAAAGGAAAGCCAUGGAUUUGGCAGCUCAAAUCUUGCUGCAACUGUGUUUGGAAACAAUGGUGGUGGUUUUGGAAUUCAUCAUGCUGGCUCUACGCCGAGGGUCUCUCAUGAAUCUGCUGCUGCUGGCGUUUCCUGUCAUAAAUGUCGUGAGUAUUUUGCAAAGUUGGAGACAUUGGAAGCUCAUCAUCUGUCGAAGCAUGCUGUUACUGAACUAGUGGAAGGCGACUCUUCCAGGAAAAUAGUGGAAAUAAUCUGCAGAACAAGCUGGUUGAAGUCUGAAAGCAAUUGUGGGCGAAUUGACAGAAUCCUGAAAGUCCAUAACAUGCAGAGAACUCUUGCCCGAUUCGAAGAACACCGAGAAACAGUAAAGAUCAAAGCCAGUAAACUUCCUAAGAAGCAUCCUCGUUGCCUUGCUGAUGGAAAUGAGUUGCUAAGAUUCCAUGGAACAACAAUUGCCUGUGACCUUGGCAUGAAUGGCUCCACAAGCCUCUGUGUAUCAGAGAAAUGUAGUGUUUGUCGAAUCAUAAGGCAUGGCUUCUCAGUUAAGAAGGAGCUCAAGGAAGGAGUAGGGGUGUUCACAACUUCCACAAGUGUUAGAGCAUUCGAAUCAAUUGAGCUAGAUGAUGAUGAUCGUUCAAAAAGAAAAGCCUUGUUAGUCUGCAGAGUGAUUGCUGGAAGGGUUCACAAGCCAUUGGAGAAUUUGCAGGAAAUUGCAGGCCAAUCUGGAUUCGACUCAUUGGCCGGGAAAGUUGGUCUUUACUCAAACAUUGAGGAGCUCUAUUUGUUAAAUCCAAGUGCUCUCUUACCUUGUUUUGUUGUUAUCUGUAAGCCCUGAUGAAGUUUUGAUACUUCCUUUCUCAUUAUCUUUUGUUGAAGCAUUUGAAAUCUAUCUUAAUUUUAAACCUUUUCGGUCA